CAAUGACUGGGACAGGAUCUGACCACAAUAGAAUACUAUUAGGUGAGUCAUCCUAAGAUCUCCUGGAAACCUCAACACAGGCUGAUAAUGAAACGCACGGCCCUAAUUAAGUCGGCAGAAGACUGGGUACUAUUAGCAAAUAGCAACGAUCCAGCUACCCAAAUCCAACCAUCCGUCGAAAUCCAUGAUGACAACCUUAACUCGAGAGAAAUAAGUCCAUACUGAGAUCUGACAAACAGAUCCAAACACUAAAGACAAAGAAAAAAAAUACUAAACACCAAAUAUACCAAGCAAAAGCACAACAAAGCCAGAAAUAAUAGCUCAGUCCUCUGUAGUAAUUAAUGGUCCGCGUCCCCAUGCUUUGCCGGUCCGGUAGAACGGUGGGCACCACAACUGUAGACGCACCAAUGCCGCCACCCCACCGUCAUGAGGCCACUCCAUAAUCGACCCAGUCACCACUCUGAGUAGCCGCCGCCGCCUCCCCAACAACGACUUCAAGGAAGGUUUCACACUCCACUCGCCAUCUUGUGACCACGACCCGAUUAGAUCACCGUCAACCACCACCAACCCACGACUUGCAGCCAACAUCCCAACAAACCCAGAAAGAAAUUUUUGACACCGUAGUUGUUAUGACUUUAAUAUUUUAUAAAGAAUGUCCUGCUUAGUUUAUCAUGAUCUGAGAAGUGUCGAACUCAAGCCCAAAGUCAAGUUAUCGAUCAGAUGCGUUGUUGACCCGGCAUCAAGUAUAACAAGAAAAUCAUUUUCUCCAUUUAGUAGCUUACUCUAAUAAUUGUAUCGCCAGAUUGAAAAAAAGAUGCCAUUGGUUCAUUCCUACAGAAUUGAAAAUGCAGAGAAAGGUUUUGAAAGCUCUGAUUCUCUUCCUCCUCUUUCAGUUCUGCACUUCCAUGGACACCAUAAGAGGGAAUGAAGAACAAUUGAAGGAUGUUGAUGGUGACUAUUUAGUGUCCAAAGAAAGCAAGUUUGAACUGGGUUUCUUCAGCCCUGGAAAUUCUAGCUACCGGUAUGUUGGAAUUUGGUAUUCUCAGACUAAAGUAUCUGAAAAAACAGUGGUGUGGGUUGCAAACAGAAACAAUCCCAUCAAUGAUACCUCUGGUGUGCUCACAUUUAACAGGUAUGGAGAACUAUUCCUUUAUGCUCAUAACAUGGAGAGUAUUCCUAUAUGGUCCACCCAUGUGUCUCAUUCGGUCCAAAAUGUUAACCCAAGCACUUUAUCUGCACAGCUUUUGGAUACAGGAAAUUUAGUUGUGUUCCAGGAUGAUAAUAAUGAUAUCUUUAUAUGGCAAAGUUUUGAUUAUCCUACAGAUACUCUGCUUCCGGGAAUGAGAGUUGGAUUUAAUCGGAAAACUGGGCUAGAAUGGGCUAUAACAUCCUGGAAGUCACAAGAUGACCCUGGAACUGGGGACUAUACACAUAGGCUUUAUUUGAAUCAGACUGCAACCCCCCAGUUUUUUACAUAUAAAGGUUCGAGUAAGUAUUGGCGAAGUGAUCCAGGGCCAUCUGCUAGUUUGAUCAAUAAUCAAGACGAAACUUAUUAUUUCCUGAAUAACACCAAUGGAAUUGCAAGAAUAAUUUUGAAUGGUUCAGAGUUACAGCGCCUUACAUGGAGUGAUGGAGACCAUCAAUGGAAGGAAACCUUUGCUGUACCGACAUUCCGGUGUGACUGGUAUGGACGUUGUGGUGCCAACAGCAAAUGUAGCCCUGACAAUAUUAGUCUGUUUGAGUGUGACUGUCUACCCGGUUUUGAACCAAAAUCUGUCAAUGAGUGGAAUCAGAAUAAUGGGUCAGAUGGGUGUGUGAGUAAGCGAAUUGAAGUUUCUAAGUGUGAGAAUGAAGAAGGGUUUGUGAAGGUCACAAGAGUUAAAAUUCCAGACAUAUCAAUAGCAGCUCGAUUGGAAGCACGUAUGGGUAACAAAGUGUGUAGGCAGAAGUGCUUGGCAAAUUGUUCUUGCACAGCAUAUAUGAGCAUUGAAAAUGAAAAAGGGGUUGCUGAUUGUUUGACAUGGUAUGAUGAUUUGAUGGAUAUUUUAGUGUACACAGAGGUUGGACGAGAUCUAUAUGUUCGUGUGGAUCGAAUCGAAUUAGCUGAGAAUUCUAGAAAAUCAAAAGGUUUCUUGGAAAGAAGGGGUAUGCUGGCUAUUCCAAUACUCUUUUCUCUGCUAGCACUGGUACUAAUCAUUAUGUUCGCUUGCUGGUGGCGUAAGAAAAAAAGGAAUACAACAGAAAUUGUGGAGGCGGAUGAACUUGAGGAAACUAAGAGACACCCCGAAUUGCAAUUUUUCGAUCUGAACACACUAGUGGCAGCCACAGAUAACUUCUCUCAUGUCAAUGAACUCGGCCAAGGUGGUUUUGGCGCUGUUUAUAAGGGUCAGUUACCAAAUGAGCAGAAGGUAGCUGUAAAAAGGUUGUCUAAAACAUCAGGACAAGGGACUGAAGAAUUCAAAAAUGAAGUUGCACUUAUAGCAAGACUUCAACACCGCAAUCUCGUAAAACUCUUAGGCUGCUGUAUAAGGGGGGGAGAACGAAUGUUAGUGCUGGAAUACAUGCCGAACAAAAGUUUGGACUCAUUUCUCUUUGAUCACACUAGACGGUCCUUCUUGGAUUGGGAAAAGCGCUUUGAAAUUAUCAUCGGGAUUUCUCGUGGGAUUCUGUAUCUUCACCAAGACUCAAGAUUGAGGAUUAUCCAUAGAGAUCUAAAAACCAGCAAUGUUCUUCUAGAUGCUGAAAUGAACCCAAAAGUUUCCGAUUUUGGCAUGGCAAGAAUAUUUGACAGGGACCAAGUUCAGGAUAAAACGAACCGAAUUGUUGGAACAUAUGGCUACAUGUCACCAGAGUAUGCUGUGUUUGGCAGAUUUUCUACUAAAUCAGAUGUCUUUAGUUUUGGGAUCAUAUUGUUAGAGGUUGUAACUGGCAAAAGAAACAAUGGUUUUUCUCAAGAGGAUCCUUCCAUGAACUUGAUAAGACAUGUUUGGGACCUGUGGAGAGAAGACAGAGCCUUAGAACUUGUGGAUUCGACUCUGGAGUCAUAUAAUUCUGAUGAGGUCAUGAGAUGCAUUCAAGUUGCGCUCUUGUGCGUGCAAGAAGAAUCAAAGGACCGGCCAGCCAUGUCUGCCAUCGUUUUCAUGUUGAGUGGUGAAACAUCUCCUCCAUCUCCUAACCAACCUGCAUAUGUUUUCAGAAGAACCUCCGGCACUGAUGCUGAUCCAUCAGUACCGAAACGAUUAUAUUCUAUAAACGACUUGACAAUAACUGCAGUGGAAGCUCGAUAAUGAUACAAGCUCUUGCUGUUUGAAAUUAUCACACGUACGUAACUCUUUUUGUUGUAGUUCGUUAUUAAAUUUACUGCUUUGCUAGGCAAGCACACGAUUAAGUUUAUCAUCAAGUGAUGUACUAUCACAUUCAUUGGCCUUCAAUUGAUACAUUAGCAUUGCAGUAGUAGACAAUCACUCGCUGUUUCAUUCUGGUUCCGGAAGAAAAGGUAUACAUAGAAGAAAGGUACAUACAUAGGCGCAGGACUAAAUGCCACUGUUUCAUACCAACAAAGUUGCAAAUGCCCAGAAAAUGUUCUUCAAAACUCUGCUUCUCUUCUUCCUGUUCCGAUUUUGCGAUUCCAGGGAUACCAUAACAUGGAACAAGGAACAACUGAAGGAUGAUGGUGGAGUUUUAGUGUCCAAACAAAGCAAGUUCGAAUUGGGUUUCUUCAGCCCCGGAAAUUCUAGCUAUCGGUAUGUUGGAAUUUGGUAUUCUUUGGCUAAAGUAUCUGAAAAAACAGUGGUGUGGGUUGCAAACAGGAACAAUCCGAUCAAUGAUACCUCUGGUAUGCUCACAAUAAACAGAGCGCCUUACAUGGGAUGAUGGUGGUCUUCAAUGGAAGGAAGAGUUCUCUGCACCGAAGUCCCAGUGUGACAGAAAAAUGGUUCAGGUGGAUGUGUGAGUAAUCAACUUGGUUUGUUGAGGUGUGGAGAUGGAGACGGGUUUAUAAAGGUGGCAAGAGUUAAAUAUCCAGACACAUCGAUAGCAGCAUGGUUAAAAU